ACACACACACACACACACACACAGAGUAAUUGGCUGAACUCAAUAGUACCAAGGAUAGAGCCCUCAUCUAAGGGGAUCCAGAGUUUCUAAGGACAAGGAGCCCUAAAAGCAAGGGGGAUCUUGUCUCCAGUGUCUCACCGAGUUGGAAGAGGGAGGCAGUUACCCUGUGACCUGUGGGCCUCCUCGCCUCCAUUGUUUUAACUUAUUCCUAGGAAAUGGAGUCUCGAUUGUGUGCACUGGCAAACUCAGCCUAUUUGGCUUCAGGUUUCUGGUAGGGAAAUGUCCCUUCUCUUCCCAGCACAGAUUUUAUCAUUACUCAAGUCUGCGUUCAGCUCCCAACUGACUCACUGCCACCUUGGACAAGUCACCACUGUGUAAGCCGAGUCAUCACUGUACAGAACCUGUGAGACGAUCAUUUAAGUGUUUGUUUUGGUUCGUGUCCUGUUGGCUUCAGAGCUUCAGAGGGGAAGAAGGAAGAGGAGAGCGAGAGACAUCCUUCUAAGUCCCACCCUAUUGAUCCAAUUCCUCCAACCAGGCCCUUCCUCCUAAUAUCCCAUCCAAUGGGAACUAUGCAAGAGCUGAUUCAUUGAGAAGGUCAAUGGCCCGAUGAACCCCUAUCCACAGUGUUACCAGCUGGGGACAAAGAUUGUAACUUACAAGAUUUUUAGGGCGACAUCACAUCCAAGCAAUAGCCACCGACUCUUUAUCUGCAGUGGGGUCAGUAGAGUUAAUUCUAUGUAAGGUUCUGGUACCAGAGCCCUUAACCCAGUCUGGCUUCUACUGAAUAGCUAAGAAGAUAGUGAUAAACUCUGACUGAAAGAACAUGGCUUUCGAAGGUGGGAUUCAGGCUGAGGACGGUGGUGCUUCUCUCAGAGAACUCUGUGUGUGUGCACUGUCCACAGGGGUAAACUAAGACCCAACCUGCCUUGACAACGAGCAACACCAGAGCUGGUACAUCCUCCUAAGACAUCGUCCAUCUUGCAUGAGACAGAUUCUCCAAGCAUAGGAAAAGCAGGCCGCCAGUUAUGGAGCGGGACAAUGGCACCAUCCAGGCUCCAGGCUUGCCGCCCACCACCUGCGUCUACCGUGAGGAUUUCAAGCGACUGCUGCUACCCCCAGUUUACUCAGUGGUGCUGGUGGUCGGCCUGCCACUGAACGUCUGUGUCAUCGCCCAGAUAUGCGCAUCCCGCCGGACCCUGACCCGUUCCGCUGUGUACACCCUGAACUUGGCACUGGCGGACCUGCUGUAUGCCUGUUCACUGCCCCUACUUAUCUAUAACUACGCCAGAGGGGACCACUGGCCCUUCGGAGACCUUGCCUGCCGCCUGGUACGCUUCCUCUUCUAUGCCAACCUACACGGCAGCAUCCUGUUCCUCACCUGCAUUAGCUUCCAGCGAUACCUAGGCAUCUGCCAUCCCCUGGCCCCCUGGCACAAGCGUGGAGGUCGCCGUGCUGCUUGGGUGGUAUGUGGAGUCGUUUGGCUGGUUGUGACAGCCCAGUGCCUGCCCACAGCAGUCUUUGCCGCCACGGGCAUCCAGCGCAACCGCACUGUCUGCUACGACCUGAGCCCACCCAUCCUGUCCACCCGCUACCUGCCGUAUGGCAUGGCCCUCACGGUCAUCGGCUUCUUGCUUCCCUUCACAGCCUUACUGGCCUGCUACUGUCGCAUGGCCCGCCGCCUGUGUCGCCAGGAUGGCCCAGCAGGUCCUGUGGCCCAAGAGCGUCGCAGCAAGGCGGCCCGUAUGGCUGUCGUGGUAGCAGCUGUCUUUGUUAUCAGCUUCCUGCCUUUCCACAUCACCAAGACAGCCUACUUGGCUGUGCGCUCCACGCCCGGCGUCUCUUGCCCGGUACUGGAGACCUUCGCUGCAGCCUACAAAGGCACCCGGCCCUUCGCCAGUGCUAACAGCGUUCUGGACCCUAUCCUCUUCUACUUCACACAACAGAAGUUCCGGCGGCAACCACACGAUCUCCUACAGAAGCUCACAGCCAAGUGGCAGAGGCAGAGAGUCUGAGACCCCAGGGGAGGCCCUGAAGCACUGGCUGCAAUGUGUUUGCCCACUGGGGUCAUGGUGCCUGAAGCUUUCUCCCAAUCGGAAACCAUACCGAGAAGAAGCAAAACUUGGCCCAACAUGCCUGGCCCUCCAAAAUUUCUAUGUCAACCACAAAACUAAGACACCUGUGUUUCGGGGACUGGUCAGUUCAUGCUUGUUAUACCAGAAUUCAGGAUGUCAUGACAGGAUAACAAGCUCUAAGCCAGCCUGGUCUACAUGGUGAAACCCCAUCUCAGACAAUCAAGGGUUGAGCUAGGUCCUGGAAUAGCACUGCAAAUUCUAACAAAGGUCUUCCCGCCUGACCGUUCUUGUGUUUACAAGGUAGAGGGGACCACUGGUACACCAUCACGAACGUGAGGGCAAGGCCCCUCCUGUAGAGGAAGAAGCUGGGAAAGCUCACAUUCCCAUCCAUUUGCCAAGACUUUUGCACAGGAGAGAGAAAUAAAUGUGUUCUUGUGUU